UGUUCCUUACAAUAAGAACCCUAACCUUUUGUUACAAACGUAAUUGUUUUGUUGAUUGUGAUCAAUUUGAAACAAUCGACAACCUUUGCCUCUUCUUAUUGGCCAAGCAAUUAAGUUAAUUGUGUCAAUCAUCUCUAAUUGUUUCUGAAAUGUCAUCUCCUUGUUUCACUCUAUCUGAUGGUCGGAAUAUCCCAGCUCUCGGUUUGGGUACAUACAAAUUGACCAUUGAAGAAGCGGAUGAUUUAAUCAAAUUUGCUCUAUUAGAAGCCGGUUAUCGGCACAUCGACGGUGCUUGGAUCUAUGGUAAUGAACGUCCAAUCGGCCAGGCUGUUCGAUCAGUGAUCGAUUCUGGUAAAUUGAAAAGAGAUGACAUUUGGAUAACAUCAAAAUGCUGGAAUGAUAAACAUAGACAAUCCCAAGUGAUGGAUAGUUGUAAGGAGAGUUUAGCUAAUUUCGGAUUAGAUUAUCUUGAUUUGUUUCUAAUCCAUUGGCCAAUGGGCUACGAUAAUGAUCCUGAAUCAGGAAUCAAUAAAAUCUCUGAUGUUGAUUACUUGGAAACCUGGAAGGGUAUGGAAGAUGUUUACAAAGCAGGAUUGGCUAAAUCAAUUGGAGUUUCUAAUUUUACUGUAUCACAAUUGGAAAGGUUACUCGCUAAUUGUUCAAUCAAACCGACAGUCAAUCAAAUUGAAGUUAAUCCUUACUUUUCCAAUGAUGAUUUAGUUGAUUACUGUAAAUCUCAAGGAAUCCUGGUUACUUGUUACUCUCCACUUGCUAAUGUAAGUAGAGUUGAAAUUGUCGCUAAUCAUCACGAUCUAUCAAAAGACGCUCAUCUAAUCAAAAUUGGUGCUAAAUACAACAAAUCAUGGGCUCAGGUCGCUCUGCGAUACAAUUACCAAAGAGGCCUUUCAAUUAUCCCGAAAACUAAAAGUAAACAGCGAUUGAUUGAAAAUAUUUCAAUAUUCGAUUUCCAAUUAACUCAACAAGAUAUGGAAACAAUUAAAUCGAUCAACAAAAAUGUACGAACUAUCACAUUCGAUGCCACCAAAGAUCAUCCUCUUUACCCGUUCGAACGGUGAAUUUAAUUAGCCUCGAAUCGAAAGGAAAGAUUUACAUUCAAAUAUCAUAAUCAAGGAGAAGAAAAUUUUGUUUUUAAUGAUAAUUAAUUAAUAUUGAAAGAAUUGAUUGUUGAUCAUGUUAAUCCUUUGUAUCUUUCGUACGAGUAUCUAAACUGGCUGUCUCAGUAUCGUCAUUAAAUUGUUUGGGUUGAAA